AUGGAUGCUCGUGAGGAGAGGGCAGCGGAAGGCGCCACUCCCGAACUCGGGGACUCCACCUCUGCAACGUUACCUGAAGCCUUCGAAAACUCUGCGGGAAAAGUGGUCAAGGUCCAAUUGAUAAACUUUUUGAACCAUGCGAACCUGUUGAUCCAUUGUUCACCGUACCUGAACAUGAUUUUCGGCAUGAACGGACUAACACAACGUACAGAGGGCAAAAGCGCAAUUGUGCAAGGCAUGGCUCUGUGCUUCGGUGGUUAUGGCCAUUCAGCAGGUCGUGACACCGCGCUUUUACACUACAUCAAAGACUACCACCUUCGAGAUGGACCCAGCUAUGCCCGUGUGGAGGUCACGCUUUCCAAUCAAGGGGACGGCGCCUACAAGCCAGAGUUGUACGGUGACGCCAUCGUUCUUGCAAGAGUCAUACAUAAAAACCAUUCAUCGUUUUACAUGGGCGGAACUUUGGUUAAAAAGGCGACGGUAAACAAGAAAGAGGUUGAUCGCUAUCUGCGCCACAUCAAAAUGAGUAUCGGUAACCCCACGACGUACAUGGAUCAGGAGUCCAGCAAGUCAUUCUUCUUCCACUCGAACCCUAGCAGCUUCUAUCGGUACUACUCAGCUGCAGCUGGUCUGGUGGAGAUGGAGCAGAAUUUGAGCACGGAGAAACGUAAUUUGGAGGAGUGCAAGGCGGAGUUGAAGGUACGCAAGCGCGUCCUGCACCCAGACCGUGAGAAGCUACGAGAUCUUUCUAAGCAGAUAUCACUCUUCGAAGAAAAGCUUACGGAAUGGAAGUCGGCGAAGGAGAUGUACAGACUAUCGCAGUAUCGCGCGUACAAAGAGCGGUACGAAGCUCUCAAGGAGACGUACGACCGGUUUCACCAAACCGACCCCAAGGAUGAAAUAGUGAAACUGCAAAAUUCCAUUGAAUUGUUCAGCGCGGAGCACGAGGAGGUGAAAUUCGAUAUGCAAACGCAAACUUCGAAAACAUACCAUCACAAGGAUAGCAUCACUACCAUCACCGACCAGAUUGCCGUUUUGAACGACUCCAUCGGCGACAUGCAGUCGCGUAUUUCCGCCAAGAAGGCGUGUAUAUCGCAAGUGGAAACCGCAAUGGCAAAUUUGGAUGGCGAGCUCUCCGCAGUGGCGGCGGAGCCGGCGGAUGCAGAUAAAAAGUGUCUGGAGCGUGAACUUGACGUCUGCCGCAAGGAGUACGAAGAUGUCACCGAACAGCAGGAAUCUACCUCGUCUGCUAUGGCCGACAUUGAGAGCGCCAUAGAAGACAUUGAGACGCAGAUACAGAAAGCAAAAAUCGAUCUUGAUGAGCAGAGGCGAGAGAACGCCUCGUUGGAGUUUUCGACGGUACCAAGUGUAAGGUCAGACCCGUUACGUCGGGCUCUCUAUCGUUACGACGUCAAUGCGGUUCGCGAAGAUAUCCAGAGGAUGCGGGAUCAGGGAGUGUUCAUUUACAUGCCCAUUGGGCCAAUUGGCGAUUACCUGGUGGUGACACGAGACGCCCCGACAUGGAAAGUGCUGGCUGUGGUGGAGCAUCACCUCCGUAGCAUGGUCCACACAUGGGUGGUUGCUUCAGAGCAGGAUCGUCGCGCGUUGGAGAGCCUGUUGAUCAAGCACGGUUGCAGCCGCAGCCAGUCCAAGAUCAUUAAGAGCAACGUAUUCAUGCGUCCCGACCUCGUGGAACGUAUGCAGCGAAAGCUGUCCACGAUGAGUCAUCGGCAAUCCAUUUACAGUUACCUCGCCGUGAAGGAAAUCCCCCCUCUACUGCUGUACGUGCUAGAUGACGUGUGUGGCAUAGGCCGCGCUGUUAUCUGCAUCGAUGACGAGCAGAUGUAUGAGGUGCUCUCUGAGGGUGGCGAUAAAGUAAAUGUUGUAUACUCUUUGACCCGAUUGAAUAGCGGCAGAAGACUAAACGGAUCGCUCUACCUGUCGCCGUGUUACGAAAAGCACCCAUUCUCAUACGAGUAUGGAAACGAAGGCGACUACUCGUGGGAGCGGGAGGAACGGAAGGACAGCGGCACUCAGCGUGAGAGUUCACUAAAGUCCCUGUUGUCAUCUUUAUCCAAGGAGCUUUCGGAGUGCAAUUCGCGUCUAAAUGCCCAUCGCAGCAAACUCGACGAAAUAAAGGCCGAACAGACGAGGGUAAUACGAAAACGUACCCGGCUGGAAACGGAUUUGGAAACAGAACUUGACAGCUUGCAAUCAACAAGCCAUAGCAGCCGUUACAACAAGUGUUGCGAAGCGUUGGAGGAGAUUCGUUCCGAUUACCGUCGCCAGCUGAAGGCUCUCGGUGCUGAGCUGGCCACCUUGGAGGCGGAGUUGUCGGCCAUGGAAUCCAACAAAGCUACGAAGGAAGAGGAGCUUAAGGUUGCCAACAGCGAUUUGAAAGCUACUUUGAAGACUGUUUCCUCCUUGAAGGUAGAUAUGCAGAAAAUACAGCAGCGUAUCAACACACAAAAGACACAGAUAAAGGCUCUGCAGAAAAAUAUGGAGGAUUAUAAUUUCAAGUUGGAUGGGUACGUGAACGACCUUAAGGAGGCUGAAAAGAAACUUGAGAGCCACAAGGCUGAGUUGGAAGCAGAAGGCAUCGAUUACUCCGCUGAGCUGCCCACCAAAUCGCCGGAAGAUUACUUGCAAAUACUCAACCUCAGCAACGAUGUGCUUAAGCGAAUUGUGGACGACUCGAGGAACAUUGAGGCUCACCUGCAGUCGCUACGUGAAAAGCACGCCGCUGCGGAACAAUCACUACGGGAUAAAGAACUACGGCUUACUGAGACGACCGAAAACUACAGCCUACAGAAAAAGAAUUACGUCAAGCGUUGCAGGCGUUUCGAGGAGUGCCGAGCACGUAUUGAACAUAAAGCGAAGAAGGCAUUCCGACAGACGCUCGACGCAGUUACGGGGUACGAUGGGAACCUGGUUUUCAAUGACGUGAACCGCACGCUAGACAUACAAAUCCAUAACAAACAGCAAUCGUACUCACGCGCCCACUUGGCCACUGACCUGAAGACACUCAGCGGAGGCGAGCAAUCUGCGAUCCAGCUCUCCAUGCUGCAAAGCUUGGCUACAAUAUCGUUCUCGCCCAUCCACAUGUUCGACGAAGUUGACGUAUACAUGGACGAGAGCACGCGAAUCAAAAACAUCGAGUCCCUGGUGCAAUUCGCUGCAAACAAUAAAAACCGCCAGAUCUUCUUGGUGACCCCGCAUUCCGAGUUGGCCAAACAUAUAAAGGACAAAUACCCUGACAUCAGCAAAAUCUUCAACGUCGCUAGGGACGUAUGA